GGAAGCAGAGUAAUCCCAAACUCUCUUACAGAGAAAAUGAGCAUCCCAGGAGACUUAACAGGAGGUCCUUGUUAAAGUGAAGUCUUCUUUCUUUAUAGUACUUCCCUCCCUUUUUCCAUAUCAAUAAUUCACAUAUAUGAAUACUCUCCGGUCUCCACCAAGUCCUCUUUCUUACUUUAGUUCUCUUUCCCUUUUCCAUGCGAUCACUGAUCCAUUAACAACAUUCAUAUGAUCACGAAACAAGUUGCUUAGAGUGAAGUAUACAACAUUCGAUUAAUUACGAAACCAAGUUGCUACCUCUUGAGCUUAUGCAGAAACACACGUGUAUGUGUUAGUAUUUAAAUUUCUGUACUCGGCCUCGAUCAUACCUGGAAUUUCCGAUCCAUCUCUAUUCUUCACCUUGAAAAUGUUGUCCUUUUGGCGCUCUGUGCUUUGUUGCGAUGAUGAACAGAACACUAGAGAGGCAAACUCUGAGAUUUACCAUGAUAGAAGUUCUUCUCAGUCUAAUAAGUAUCAUGUAAUUACUGAUACUUAUGGUACAUUUUCAAGAAACAUUUUAUUUCUACCUAAUGCACAAACUGCUUCAAGAAUUAAGUCUCAAGAUUAUCCCAAUUCUUUCAAGUUUCCACAAAAACCAAACAUUCCCUCUGCUUACAAUCAACCAAAACAGAUCCUGCCAAGAAUUAAUGUCAACGUUUUUUCGGGAGUUAAUCAGGAAAAAACAGCAAAUAUACCCACUGCAACAAAUACUAAUGUUGGCCCAAAAUCAAUAAGUUCCUCUUCCUAUCUUCUGUUGCCAAAUCCGCCAUCCCCUAAGUUAGGUUCAUCGUUUUCCUCGUCAGCUUCUUUCCCUGUUGGUGCAUUCUCGGGUUCCCUAAAAUCUCCUUCAGUGUUCACGAAGCCUAUUCUAGCUUGUGCUUCAACCUCGACAUUAAAUCAGACAAGGAGUGGAUAUAAUGUUGUGGAGAAGAGUUCAACUCCUAAUGUGAUUCCAGAAUACAUCAAAGGUUUGAUCACGAAAGAUAUUAUACCGGGAGUUUUGCAGUUACCUUUGUCUCCACAAGCUUACAAGGAUUACUUGGCGCCACAACAUUAUGCUGAGGGCUAUCACCUUGAGGCAUGGCACCAUAGCCGCAAACCAGGAUCCUCUACAAUUACUGAAGCCUGUCAGUAUUCUGAACAGCAGGCAGAUGUUUCUGCUGUGCUUCCUAACUCAAGUACCAAAGAUAAAUCGUCGGAACAUUUACAACAAUCCACCUCCAAACGUAAACAAAAGCGGAAAAUCAAACUGGUCAGUGACCAAAAACUGAAAAUUGCUGAGGCUGAAAGUUGUUCAUUAUGCAAAACUUUGCAAAAGGGGAAUGACUCCCCACAGAUAUCACGUAAGCCUCCUACGACUCUGCCAACCAAAGAUGUGAACGUUGAGUUUGAUGGAUCCCCUGGACAAUCUACGGUUCCUGCUAAAAGAAGUUUGGCGGACUAUCUGCAUGAGUCUGGGCCAAGGCUCGUUAGUCUAUAUGGGAGUACAGAAUUGUACCCCACAGACGAAGCAAGAUGCAUUAUACAGGGCAUGGUUAGAGCUAUCCUAAACCUCAAAAAAGACGGAAAGAACCACAACUAUCUUGGGCAUCCUGAAAACCUUAUAUUAGGGGAUAAUGUUUGUCAUCCUUAUUCUAAUUAUGUCCGGGAUUUAGCAACUGAGCAUGUUAUAAGAAACAGAAAGAUAUUAGAGCAGGCUGGGCAGGACUUUGCUAGCAGCACCGAGGUAACCUUAGAGAAAAACAGGGUGGACGUGAAGAGUGAUGACCUUGGAGCGCUAAAGUAUCUGAUUUUUGCUGUUAUUCUGGUUCUGGACGAUGACAAGAAGCCACCACUGCCUGCUGAGUGGAGAUCUUUUAAGAAGUUAUUUUCGAAUACUAACCUGGAUUACGCUGUGCUGUCCUCCCAUCCAUGCCUUUGGGGGUAUAAGAAGCGACUAGGAUUUUAUUUUGCUCUCGACAAGUGGUGCAAUCCUUUUAAGUCUGAGAAAAUGGUUAUAGAUUUAGUAGUUGAUAAUCUGAGUUCUAUGCACAUAUUCAGGACUAACUGGGUGAAGAGAAUUAAGAAAGAUAGCCAUUUGCUGAAGUUUACAGGCAGGAUGACACGUCAUAGACAACGUAAAGUCUAUGGGUUAAUCAGGUUCUUCCGCAACCUGGUGGAACAUUGUCCAGAUAAAGCACCAGCUUCAAGUCCAUACAGAAAGGAACGAUAUCUGGAUUACAUGCUAAGGAGGAUGUAUCCUAACCUGCUGGAAGAAUUACACCAGAGAUUGCUACUUGCAGGCUUUAAUUACUAAGUUUUUGUUUCUAAACAAACUUGUGAAGUCUGGAUUAUGUUUAUUUCAUCAUUAUAAAAUGAUGAUGUAUGUCUUGUAUAUGCAUAUAUAAAUGCUUGUACACACGUAUAUAAUAACUUGAAAUGCUGGUCUUUUGAUUUUUUGCA